AGGGGGCAGCUGCGUCUCGGCGUGCGGCUGCGCCUCUCCCGCUGCACCGCAGAGAGGAAAAUACCACCAGAUGGCGGUUUAGGAUUGCUGCUCUUCUCUACCAGGCGCGGCUCCGCUCUUACGGCCAAAUUUUUCCAAUAUAAAAACACGCCAAAUAAUAAAAAAGGGAUCGAUUCGUCGCUUCGGGAGGUGACGCUCGACCCGGGGAUGGUCGUUAAAGGCACUGAAGGAAGUUAAGAGCCAGAGCAGAGCCUUUCUGCCCCUGCAGAUCUCCCUCCCCCUCAUCCAAGCCUCAGACCUGUGCAUUAAAACCUAAACGUACACAUUUGGGAACCUCGUUGCUACACUACAACGAUGAUCACCUCAGAGCUUCCUGUUCUCCAGGACUCGUCCAAUGAGUCCGGAGCAACAGACGCAGUGGGCCUGAGCAUGAGCAUGGGGGACAUGGAAGACCCUGAGGUGAAGGGCAAGAAGAAGAGAGGGAGGCCUGGAAAACAAGCUACUACAGCCAAUAAGAAGCCAAGGAAGUCGCCAGCAGAGAAGGGUACGGGCGGGGGCAGAGGGCGAGGUAAAGCCAAUGGCGUGGCCCAACACAAUGGAGACGGCAUGGACCCCAUUACCCUGUUUGAAGUUGUCAAACUGGGCAAGAGCGCCAUGCAGUCUGUCGUGGACGAGUGGAUCGAGUCGUACAAACAGGACAGAGACUUGGCCCUGCUGGACCUCAUCAACUUUUUCAUUCAGUGCUCCGGUUGCAAAGGCACGGUCAGGAUCGAGAUGUUCCGGAACAUGCAGAACGCCGAGAUCAUUCGCAAGAUGACCGAGGAGUUUGACGAGGUAGCUCCUCACCCACGUUACGUCCCAGUGAAAGACGACAAGAAGGCUUGUGGUUCUCUUAAUAAUGCUACUUGGUAUCUACAGGACAGCGGCGAUUACCCCCUCACCAUGCCGGGCCCCCUGUGGAAAAAGUUUCGCUACAACUUCUGCGAGUUCAUCUGCGUGCUCAUCCGCCAGUGUCAGUACAGCAUCAUCUACGACGAGUACAUGAUGGACACGGUCAUCUCCCUCCUCACCGGACUGUCCGACUCACAAGUCCGAGCCUUCAGGCACACGUCCACGCUAGCGGCCAUGAAGCUCAUGACGGCACUGGUGAACGUGGCUCUAAAUCUGAGCAUUCACCAGGACAACACGCAGCGACAGUACGAGGCCGAGAGGAACAAGAUCGCCGGCAAGCGUGCCAACGAGAAGCUGGAGCUGCUGCUGCAGAAGAGGAAGGAGCUUCAAGAAAACCAGGAUGAGAUCGAGAACAUGAUGAACUCCAUCUUCAAAGGCAUCUUUGUGCAUCGCUACAGAGACGCGAUUGCCGAGAUCCGAGCCAUCUGCAUCGAGGAGAUCGGCGUGUGGAUGAAGAUGUACAGCGAUGCCUUCUUAAAUGACAGCUACCUGAAGUACGUCGGCUGGACGCUGCACGACCGGCAAGGCGAGGUGCGUCUCAAGUGCCUAAAAGCUCUGCAGAACCUGUACACGAAUCGAGACUUGUUCCCCAAGCUAGAGCUUUUCACCAACCGCUUUAAGGACCGUAUUGUAUCAAUGACACUGGACAAGGAGUAUGACGUGGCUGUAGAGGCCAUCCGACUGGUCACGCUCAUCCUACAGGGCAGUGAGGAUGCGCUGUCCAACGAAGACUGUGAGAACGUCUACCACCUGGUCUACUCUGCCCACAGGCCCGUGGCUGUGGCUGCUGGCGAGUUUCUGCAUAGGAAGCUGUUCAGUCGUCAUGACCCGCAGGCAGAGGAGGCCUUGGCCAAGCGCAGAGGCAGGAGCAGCCCCAAUGGGAAUCUCAUCCGCAUGCUGGUGCUCUUCUUUCUGGAGAGUGAGCUCCACGAGCAUGCAGCCUACCUGGUGGACUCCCUGUGGGAGAGUUCUCAGGAGCUGCUGAAAGACUGGGAGUGUAUGACCGAGCUGCUGCUGGAGGAGCCUGUGCAGGGAGAGGAGUUGCUUUCAGACAGACAGGAGAGCGCACUAAUAGAGCUGACGGUGUGCACCAUCCGACAGGCGGCAGAGGCUCAUCCUCCUGUUGGCAGAGGCACUGGCAAGCGGGUGCUCACAGCCAAGGAGAGAAAGACCCAAAUAGACGACAAGAACAAACUGACAGAGCACUUCAUCAUGGCGCUACCCAUGCUGUUAUCCAAGUACCAAGCCGACUCGGAGAAGGUGGCCAAUCUCUUGCAGAUCCCCCAGUUCUUCGACCUGGACGUGUACAGCGCCGGACGCAUGGAGAAACACCUGGACGCGCUGCUGAAGCAGAUCCGUCACGUGGUGGAGAAGCACAUCGAGACGGACGUGCUGGAGGCUUGCAGCAAGACCUACAGCAUCCUCUGCUCGGAGGAGUACACCAUCAUGAACCGCGUGGACAUCGCCCGCUCGCAGCUCAUCGACGAGAUGACCGACCGCUUUGCACACUCUGUGGAAGAGCUGCUGCAGGAGGCUGAGGAAGCGGACGAUGACGAUAUCUACAAUGUCUUAUCCACCCUCAAGAGACUCACAGCCUUCCACAAUGCACACGACCUGACGCGCUGGGAUCUGUUUGGGAAUUGCUACAGGCUGCUGAAGGCGGGCAUCGAGCUGGGCUCCAUGCCGGAGCAGAUAGCCGUGCAGGCGCUGCAGUGCUCCCACUACUCCAUCCUCUGGCAGCUAGUCAAGAUCACGGAGGGGGCUCCCAGCAAGGACGACUUGUUGGCCCUCAGGAGAGUCGUGAAGUCCUUCCUUGCCGUGUGCCAGCAGUGCCUGUCCAACGUCAACACGCCCGUCAAAGAGCAGGCCUUCAUGCUUCUCUGCGACCUGCUGAUGAUCUUCAGCCACCAGCUGAUCUCCGGUGGGCGAGAGGGCCUCGAGCCGCUGGUCUUCAAUCCAGACGGCACGCUGCAGAACGAGCUGCUCAACUUUGUCCUGGACCACGUCUUUAUUGACCAGGAUGACGAGAACCAGAGCAUGGAGGGGGAUGAGGAAGACGAGGCCAACAAGAUCGAAGCCCUACACAAGAGGAGGAACCUGCUGGCGGCUUUCUGCAAGCUCAUCAUCUACGACAUCGUUGACAUGCCCGCUGCUGCAGACAUCUUCAAACACUACAUGAAGUAUUAUAACGACUACGGCGACAUCAUCAAGGAGACUCUGAGUAAAACGAGACAGACAGACAAGAUCCUCUGUGCCAAGACUCUCAUCCUCAGUCUGCAGCAGCUCUUUAAUGAGCUCCUGCAGGAUCAGGGCCCCAACCUGGACCGCACGUCGUCCCACGUCAGCGGCAUCAAGGAGCUGGCGCGCCGCUUCGCCCUCACCUUUGGCCUGGAUCAGAUCAAGACCAGGGAGGCGGUCGCCACGCUGCACAAAGAUGGAAUUGAGUUUGCUUUUAAGUACCAGAAUCCUCGAGGACCAGAGUUUCCUCCCAUCAACCUGGCCUUCCUGGAGGUCUUAAGCGAGUUCUCCUCCAAGCUCAUCCGCCAAGACAAAAAGACAGUGCAUUCGUACCUGGAGAAGUUCAUGUCAGAGUCCAUGUCGGAGCGCCGGGAGGACGUGUGGCUGCCGCUGAUCUCCUACAGGAACAGCCUGCUGACAGGCGGCGACGAGGACCACAUGUCAGUCACGUCGGGGUCCAGCAGCAAGACAGGCUCGGUCCGCAGCAAGAAGGGACGACCGCCGCUUCACAAGAAACGUAUCGAGGAGGAGAGCAGCGUGGAGGGAUCGUGGUUGAUGCGCAACGACACCUUACAGACACCGGGGGCACUGCAAACUCCUCAGCUCACCUCCACGGUCCUGCGAGAGAACAGGCCGGCAGAACACAUGCCAGACCCGGAUUCGGAACCCGGAUCGGAAAACGACUACGUGCACAACCCUCAGAUGCAGAUGUCAUGGCUCGGCCAGCAGAAGAUGGAGGAGGUGAGCAGGAAGGACCGGACGGCCAUGAACUACAUCAAGUCACGCAGCAAUCAGGGCGUCCGGCAGACCGUGCGCGGGCUGAUGGAGGAUGACGCGGAGCCCAUCUUUGAGGAUGUGAUGAUGUCAUCGCGGGGCCAGCUGGAGGACAUGAAUGAGGAGUUUGAAGACACCAUGGUCAUCGACUUGCCGCCAUCGAGGAACAGACGUGAGAGAGCGGAACUGAGACCGGACUUCUUUGAUUCUGCAGCCAUGAUUGAGGAUGAGUCGGGGUUCAGCAUGCCCAUGUUCUGAUGUGGGGGGGUGAGAUUGAAACCAACAAUCCUAAACAAUCCGGAUCCUAAUCAGGAUGGUGAUGAUGAUGGUGGUGGGGAGCGUGGAUGACCUGUCAAUCACUCCUUUAAGAAGAAGAAGAAGAAGAAGAAGAAGACGUGGUCCUUAUAAGACACGAUGGAGGCACCACGUGUGGACCCUCUGGAGCAUCAUGUGCUCCUCGCCAGUUGGUCGGUGCCGGGUUUGGGGUAAAAAGGGUUCCACAGCUGUCCCCCCUACUCAUACACACUCUGUACAGCCCCGCCCGCUUAACCCUCGGCACCCAUUCCCUCCCUUCUUCUUCUUCUGGUGUUGCACUUUGGUCCAUCCGCUCCAAUUGAAACAUAAAGAGCGGUUCUCAGCUCUACAUGUUCUGUCUUUUUGCUCUUAUGACCACCUCUUCAGUCAGUUCCAAGCAAGGAGAGCAGUCCACACGGAACAGCGCCCUCUUGUGUGCAGAUAGGGACUAGCCUCUCCCCCUCUGUUCAUUCUGCACCCUCCCAGUAUAGCAGUUUUUUUAUAUUUGUUUUUUUCUUAAAAAAAGACAUUUUGAUUAGUAGCUUUAGUAUUAAAGGUUUAAAUCCAGUGUGCUUUUUUGUUUGUACAGUGUUUCUUCUCGAAUGUGUAUUCUUCGCGUUUGUUGCCAAAUGGUGGCCUACAUACUUCCUCUUCCAGAUCUUCUCAGCGUCACGACUCACUUUUUGUUUCGUUGUUGUUCUUUUCUUCACUGCUUCAGUAUUCGCCGCUUCUUCUCUCCUCUCAGUCUGUGUGAAGUGACAGAGCCGGCCGCACACUGUUGAUUGACUUGUGUGUCCAUGGGUUAUUGCGUAUUUGUUUGAAUGUGGUUUGAAUGUGUCUUCUCACUCGCCGUUCCUUUGUUUUGUUUUUUCCCCCCUCCUGUAAAUAUCCAGAGACACUCACAACUUUCCCCCUCUGUCAACCUUCAAUUGUUUCUAAAGAAAAUAAAAUCUGUAAUCAGUU